AUGAACUCUUCAGAGAAUUUGGCGCCCUCUUCGACCGGAGGGUCCAUCACGCCCUCCAGCACAUCCACCUCGAAUAAGCCCGGGUCCGUCAUUAGCCCCAAGCCCUUCGUCGUCCGCAACAACCGCACCUACAUCGGCGACACGUCGCUGCCCUACAUGCUGCCCGUCGAUCUUGCCGAAUUACACCGCCAGUCGCUGCGCACAUUGCUCAUGUUCCAGUUGUUUGGCGGACCCAUUAUUUCGCCCGCCUUCACAGCCAAGCCGCCAGCUCGCGUCCUGGAAGUUGGCUGCGGAUCCGGCUUUUGGAGCAUGAUGUGCCACCGAUUCUUCGCGCAAAAGGGUCACCGAAAUAUAUCCUUCACCGGCAUGGACGUCGCCCCCAUGAGCGGCACCGGCGUCGACCCCAAUUCCAAACCGGACAAGGACAUGCGAUGGCGUUUCGUCCUGCACGACAUGCGGAAGACGCCGUGGCCAUUGCAGGACGGCGAGUUCGACCUCAUCAUGGUCAAGGACUUUGCUUUGGCCUCCCCAGGCAAUCUUGCUCAACUGUUUUUCGACGAAUACAUGCGCGUACUGAAGCCUGGUGGAGUGUUGGAAAUGUGGGAAUCAGACAUGACCAUACGAAUGCUUCGUCCACACGUACCCUCCACGUCAGGUCCGCCCACCCACGAGUCGAGCGACAGCGAAAGUGACAGCGAUAGCGACGAGGAUGACGAUGGCGACGUUGCGAAGCUUGGAGCCUACGUCAUGACGGCCAACACGCCAUUAUCAGCGCCAACCAAUACUUUUCUAGUCGAGUACAACGGCUGGUUGACCAAGGCCCUAGAGGCGCGUGCUCUAUCAGCCAUGCCAUGCACAGUGAUCGGGCCCAUACUUCUCCAGGAGAUGUCCCUCGCGGACGUGCGGUCGCGUAGGCUCGCAGUGCCGCUGUCUGAAGUACGCUGGGAGCGCGAAGGGGUCGGAGGUGUCGUCACCAAGGAUGGCAAGAGUUACAUCGACACCAUGAAGGGAAAGGGACGGCCCGGGGAUAGCAAGAGUGGCAAGACAUUGACGAGGGAUCAGGCGGCGCUCAGGAGGACCGCACUCGAGACCACGGUUGGUUUGAUACUGGCCUUGGAGCCGUUGCUGCGCGAGUUUAGUGGCAAGAGUCAGGAUGAGUGGGAUGGAUGGACGGGCAAGAUGAUGAAUGACCUAAUGCGUGAUGGCGGAACGCGCUGGGGCGAGUGUUUGGAGAUUGGGGCUUGGACUGCGCGGAAGAGGAAGUAG